CAAAAGAUGUAUUUUUGACUCUAUCUUUGUAAUUUUAGCCAUUUUUAGUCUAUCCGUUUUUCAUGACUCUGAUGACGUCAUCGCAUCCACGUUGGAGUCCAACAUGGCGGAAGAGAGAAUGACAGCUAUGCUGGUGGUGUUACUGUGCCUAUGUGUGCCACCAGCCCUUGGAUUCUAUGUGCCUGGUGUGGCACCAGUAGAGUUUACUGCUGGGAUGCCUGUGGAUGUCAAGGCUGUUAAGAUGACCAGUACAAAGACCCAGCUCCCAUACGAGUACUACUCAGUGCCAUUCUGUCAGCCAGACAAGAUCAAGUACAAGGCUGAGAACCUGGGAGAGGUUCUGAGAGGAGACAGAAUUGUCAACACACCAUACCAGGUGAACAUGAAGGAAGACAAGACAUGUGAGGUGCUGUGUGUUAAGCCAGAUAAGACAUUAAAGUGGAGCAAGGCAGAGUCAGACCUGGUAGCAGAAAAGAUCCGUCAGGACUACAGCAUUCACUUUAUUGCAGACAACCUCCCAUCUGCUACAAGGUUUGAGAUGCUGGACACAGGGCAAGUCAUGUAUGAGCACGGCUACAGGAUCGGAUAUGUGGUGGACAAUGUGCCAUACAUUAACAACCACUUGAAGCUUGUGUUGCACUACCACACAGAGGAUGAGGAAACCUUCCGAGUAGUUGGCUUUGAGGUAGAGCCAAGGAGUAUAAAGUAUGGGGAAUUGACAGCGAAGGAUGGAAAGUGCAGCUUUCCUUCCGACCCUGAGAAGAAGCUUGCUGGCCAGGCUGUGAAUGAAAAGCAGGAUACAGAAGUCAUGUUCACAUACACAGUGGAAUGGAAGAGAAGCCUGGUGCGCUGGGCCUCGCGCUGGGACACCUAUCUCACCAUGACAGAUGUGCAGAUUCACUGGUUCUCCAUCGUCAACUCUGUGGUUGUGGUCUUCUUCCUUGCUGGGAUCCUAACUAUGAUCAUGGUGAGAACUCUGAGGAGAGACAUUGCCAACUACAAUAGGGAGGAGGAUGUGGAGGAGACCCUAGAGGAGACAGGUUGGAAGCUGGUGCAUGGUGACGUGUUCAGACCACCACGGUACACCAAGCUGCUCUCCUCACUGGUCGGGGCAGGAGUGCAAAUCUUCUUCAUGUCUGUCAUUACGAUAGCAUUUGCUAUGUUGGGUAUGUUGAACCCAUCCAUGAGAGGUUCCCUGAUGACAUCCAUGAUCUUCUUGUUUGUCUUCCAUGGCUUGAUUGCUGGGUACUUCUCUGGGAGGCUGUAUAAGAGUAUGAAAGGCACCACAUGGAAAACAGCAGCAUUCCAGACUGCCACGAUAUACCCUGGCAUCGUCUUUGGAACAGCUUUUCUGCUGAACUUCUUCAUCUGGGGGGAGCACUCGUCAGGGGCUGUGCCCUUCACCACUAUGCUGGGACUGCUGGCCAUGUGGUUCGGCAUCUCUCUCCCACUGGUCUACCUGGGCUACUACUUUGGCUUUAGGAAACAGCCAUAUGAGGUCCCUGUGCGAACCAACCAGAUCCCUCGCCAGGUCCCUGAGCAGGUCUGGUACAUGAACCCACUAGUGAGCAUGCUCAUGGCAGGCAUCCUCCCCUUUGGUGCUGUCUUCAUCGAGCUGUUCUUCAUCCUCACUGCCAUCUGGGAGAACCAGUUCUACUACCUGUUUGGGUUCCUGUUCCUGGUGUUCAGCAUCCUGGUCAUCUCCUGCUCCCAGAUCUCCAUUGUCAUGGUGUACUUCCAGUUGUGUGGGGAGGACUACCACUGGUGGUGGAGAUCCUAUAUUGUCUCAGGAGGUUCAGCCAUCUAUGUGUUCCUGUAUGCCAUAUUCUACUAUAUGACCAAGCUGGAGAUAGAGGACUUCAUCCCAGGGUUGCUGUACUUCGGCUACACGUCCCUCAUGGUCUUCACCUUCUGGAUCCUGACAGGAACUAUCGGCUUCUAUGCUGCCUACAUCUUUGUCAGAAAAAUCUACAGUGCUGUCAAGAUAGAUUAAUGACCAUGCUGAUGUGAGCCAUCCUGAGCAAUGUAGACAGAGUCCAUAGACCUGUUGUUCUUUCUAUUGAUGGCUUUCCAAACUUAGACAUAUUGAAUUUUGGUGUUUUUACAAGUGAAAAUUUGAUUCCUCUUGACUUGACUACCGGGUAUUAAAAAGGGAACCCUGGCUUGAGUCUCUUGAGAUGCUGAUCUACAUAUGCAUUUUAGAGUGAUUUUACAUUACAACACCUUCAGUUUUGGAUUGUUUAAAAAGUUUGAAUGAUGACAGACAGAAUCAGACAGCUUUGAGUGUAUUUUGUACAUUCCACUGCAGGUCUGAUGACAUCAGCAGGAGGGCUUUGUAAGCAUUGUUUGUAUGGAAAGCCAUCAAUAGGAAGUUAAGUUGUGAAAUUUGGGUUAACUUGAACAAAUUCCAUAGACUUCCCACUUUUGGGAAGUGUUUUUGUUGUUGUACAUUUCAAUGGUGGAAUGCAAGAAGUAUACUAGGUUUGAAAGGGUAGAUUUGAGUCAGAUUUAAAUUGAGAUGAUACCUACAUUUUGUAGUAACUCAACUGUACAUGUAGUCAAAAACUCAUCUCAGACAUUCACGGUUGUUAGCAGCAUUCACACACAAACCUGGAGUAAUUCCUCAAAUUACAGACUGGCUACUUUCACAUGCGUGAUGUUGAUACCUACCCUUUGCUGCAGUGCAAGUUGUAUGUAUUUUGUUUAUGUCUGCAAAGAAAGUCAACACAUCUGCCAAUGUUACAUAUGUAACAAGAUAUGAGUUUAGCAUGUGGUGCCCAGGAUAUUUAAGAUUCCUAUGGAAAUUGACAAUUGCAAUGGAUUCUGUUACUGGUAUGUAAAAGAAGAGAAGACAUUCUUAGCCAGCAUGUGCUAGAAGUUAAAGAAUAACAUUUCCCUUAGAGUAUCACAGACAUGUAUGUACCUUUGUCAUGGAUUUUUCUUUGUCCCAUCGAUAGAAUUUAUUCAUCAAACAGUUGCGUCAGGUUAAAAAGUGCUUUGUUAUCUCUUACCGGUAUGUUAGCACAUACAUUAAUUUUAAUUCAGUUCAAGGAAUGCCGAAACUGUUGCCAGUAUGUGUGGUUUAUUUUGCAAUUAAACUUUGCAUUGCCUUACUCAACCAGCUAGCUGUAAGAUAGCAUCAAUAUCAUGCAUUUACCUGAUUACCAGAUAUCUUCAUUUAAGUGGCUUGUUUCGUUGUGCAGCAACUUUUUUCUUACCCAAAUUCAGGAAGAUUACAAGUUAUCAACUUGCCAAUUCUUGUACCAAACCUGUACAAUUUAUGCUACUUAGCUGUUGGUGUUAUUUUUAAUUUAAAGGUACUUUUUGCAUGUAUUGAGAUGUAAUGUCUCACAAAAAUCUUCCAUGAUAUAUAGAGAUGCUUUUCUUCUAGGUCUGUUAAGUUCAUGUAGUUUGCAACCAGGUAUACGUCUUGAUGUUUUAUGUUUUAAGCUUUUGUUGAUUUAUACAUACAUUGAUAUUAUGUUCAAAUAGUGUACUUUUUUGGGGGACUAGACACUGAAUUUUUUUUUGCCAUGUAAGGCGGUGAAGGUAUUACUUGGAGAGAAUUAUGUAAAUAGAGGUGUACUUUAAAUGGCUAUAUUUAUUGGAGUAUUUCUUGUUAUUUUACUACGGGCAGAUGCACUUAUGAAAUCUUGUCUUUGUUGAUGUUUCAUGCAUAUCAAGCAUGAUUGUGUAGAAACUAGUGUCUAUGGUUUAUUUGGUGAUAAAUACACUUCCCUAGUAAUAGCUUUGUCAACAGUGUUGUGCUGUAGCCAGUUCCAAACUUGUCAGAGAAUUUUCAAUAUAUUGACAAUUUGUAUAGUUU